GCCCAUAUUGCACUUCCCGCCAAGAGCAAAAGGGGGGCGCGAAAAUCCAUUUCUCAGUGUCUAUGCGGCUUCUUCUUCUUUCUUCUACACUCCAAACCUAAAAACUCCGAUACGGAAAACAAUGAAGGGUGGCACGGUUCAGAUUAGCUGGCACGACGGCAAACCCGUCUUAACCCUCGAUUUCCACCCUCACUCCGCCACUCUCGCCACCGCCGGCGCCGAUUUCGACAUCAAGUUUUGGCAAAUAAAACCAGCGGGGUCACCGAAGAAGCUUCCCGUGGUUUCCUAUCUUAGUAACCUCUCUUACCAUAGCUCUGCAGUUAAUGUUAUUCGCUUCUCUUCUUCCGGGGAAUUGCUAGCCUCUGGUGCUGAUGGAGGGGACUUGAUAAUUUGGAAGCUGCAUUCUACUGAUGCUGGCCAGACAUGGAAGGUUCUCAAGAUGUUACGAUCUCACCACAAGGACAUUUUGGACCUGCAGUGGUCUACUGAUGCCACGUAUAUCAUUUCUGGAUCAGUUGAUAAUUGUUGCAUUAUAUGGGAUGUUAACAAAGGAACUAACCUUCAGACGUUGGAUACCCAUGCACACUAUGUUCAGGGGGUUGCAUGGGACCCUCUAGGGAAAUAUGUUACUUCUCUUAGUUCUGAUAGGACUUGCCGAAUUUACAUGAAUAAGCCUCAUAAAUCAAAGGGCAUUGAGAAAAUCAAUUAUGUUUGUCAGCAAGUCAUUUCCAAGGCAGAUCAGCCAUUAUUUAAGAAUUCUAAGGAGACAAAAUUUCAUCUCUUCCAUGAUGAGACGUUGCCAUCUUUCUUCAGGAGAUUAGCAUGGUCUCCUGAUGGUUCAUUUCUACUUGUGCCCGCAGGCUCUUACAAAAUUAGUACUGCAUCUGAAUCUGUGAAUGCGGCUUACAUAUUUUCUAGAAAAGAUCUUUCUAGGCCUGCUAUACAACUUCCCUGUGCAAGCAAAGCUGUUGUAGCUGUCCGAUUCUGCCCCAUAUUUUUUAAACUUCGGGGAACAAAUUCAGCUGGGUUAUUUAAAUUCCCAUAUCGCAUCAUAUUUGCUGUUGCCACUUUGAAUUCAUUGUACAUUUAUGACACUGAGAGCACCUCUCCGAUAGCUGUAUUAGCUGGCCUUCACUAUGCCGCAAUAACAGAUAUUACCUGGUCAUCUGAUGCUCAUUAUUUGGCAUUGUCCUCACAAGAUGGUUUCUGCUCUUUGGUGGAAUUUGAAAAUGACGAACUUGGAUCACCUUACUCUUUAUCAGAAGGAAAAGUCUCAAACAAGGAUGGUAGGAGCACUGUACAGACAACCAAUGACACUGUAACUGUACCAACUGGGAAUGUUAGUGCAGUUCUAGCAGAGAGCAAGAAAAUGGAAUCAGAAGACACGGCUGAUGACGUGGUCAUUGAAGCCUCUGGCAAUAUUGGUGCUGUUGUAACAGAAAGUGGGAAAACUGUAACACAAGAGAAGGCUGGCAUGAUCCAGUCAACUGGGAAUUUAGCAGAUUUUAGGAAAAAUGAAGCAGCAGGGAAAGCUGUUUACAUGGUCAUUGAGGCAACAGGGGAUGUUGGAGGGGUUAUAGCAGAUACUAGGAAAAAUGAAGCAGAAGAGAAAACUGAUGACAUGGUCAUUGAAACAACUGGAAGUAUUGAUGCAGCUGAAUUAGAUAGAAGAAAAGCUGAGCCAGAAGAUAAGGCAGAGAAACAGCCAGCUAAUCUAGAUUCAGAUGGUAAACAAACGGAAGCAAAGGAGAAGACAAAGACUCUGCAAUCAAGUUUAGACGGUAUAAAAUCAGGGGCAGAAGAAAAGGCAGGGCCACAAUUGUUCAAUCCGAAGAGUACACCCAUAUCAAAUAAGCCAGCCAAGAAGCGUAUUACUCCUACUGCCAUUGAUCCAUGAUUUUUCAAUUCCUGAGAAAUUCUUUCCAUGCAUGCCUGUAUACAUCUGUUGUGCGGCAUUUUUUUGGAAGUCAUAUUUCCCCCUCUAAUGUUUUUCUCAUAGUUUUCGUUGACAUAUUCUGUAAUAUAGAUUCCAAUAUAUCAUUUAGUGAAAACAAUCUUCAAUUUGGAGACUUCUCUGUGGACCUGUUA